UAGUAGUGUCAGUUAGCAACCUAUAUGCAUGAUAGUGGUAAUUGGUCGCUAUCAACAAGUUUGACGAAUUCUUUUCUUCUAUCGAACAAAACCCCUAAAAAACACUAAAGUCGUAUAAGAUUUUCACAACAUAUAACUGCGCAAGUAGUUCAGAACAAGCACCAAUCUGCAAAGCCGAUGAAUAGCGAGAAUAAAAUCAGCCUUUCCCUUCUAAUCCUCUUCUGCUUUCUAAACCGUGAAUUAUGGGCACAGUCCGUUCCAUCAGAAAACAAAAACUUCAACACAAACAACAACAUCGUAAUAAGCACUGGGAUCAUUCUAGACAUGGAGUCAUGGAUAGGCAAGUCCAUUCACAGGUGCAUUACCAUGGCCAUAUCUGAUUUUUAUGAUCUUAAUCACAGUUACAAAACAAGGAUAGUUGUUCACACUCGGGACUCUAAGGGAGAUCCAUUAAAAGCUCUGUCAGCUGUAGAUCAUCUUCUGAAAAACGUGAAGGUGCAGGCUAUCAUAGGCCCAGAAAUCUAUCUUCAAUCGAAGUUAUUAUCCUUGUUUGCUGAUAAAGCUCAAGUUCCUAUAUUUUCUUUUGCUGGUAGAUCCUCAAUGGAAUACCCAUACUUGUUCCAAAUCAAAGAAGAUGAAUCCACUAUGGCCAAAAGCAUUGCUUCCCUUAUGGAAUUAUAUAAAUGGAGGAAUGUUAUCUUUGUUCAUGAGGACACCGAUGAUGGGAGGGAGAUAUUACCUUAUCUGGCUGAGUCAUUCCAAGAUAAUAACAUCAAGAUCAGUUACACAAGUGCCAUUUCAUCAUCAGCCACGAUUCAUGAAAUCACGGAGGAGUUGCACAAGCUCAUGAAUUUUCAGACAACUAUCAUCAUCGUACAUAUGUCGCCUUCAUUAGCAUCCAACCUCUUCUUGAAUGCAAAAAGCUUAGGAAUGGUAACGGAAGAAUAUGCAUGGAUUUUAACUGAAAAAACAGUUGACCUCUUCCGUUCAACAAACUUUACAGUUAUUGAGUCAUUACAAGGGGCGAUAGGUUUUAGGCCGUAUGUUCCACCAUCAGUCAGGCUGCAUAACUUAACAGCGACAUGGCACAAUUUCUUUUACCGAAACUACCAUACCUCAUUGACGAAAGAAGUACCUGUGCCUGCCAUAUGGGCAUACGACACAAUCUGGGCGCUUGCUGAGUCUGUAGAGAAGGUUGGAGUCCCACAUAUUAAUAGUGGGACUUUGCUCUUGCAUGAAGUUUUUAAAACAAGAUUUAAGGGAAUAAGCGGUGAGUUUCAACUUAGUGAAGGAAAAAUAAGAUCCAAUGGAUAUGAGAUUAUGAAUGCCAUCGACAAUGGUGAGAAGAGAGUAGGAUAUUGGACACUAUCAGAAGGAAUCAGUCGAGGAUACCCAAUGAAUAACAGCGUCUAUCAAAACUCUACUCUAGGUCCUGAAGCUGUUAUCUGGCCCGGAGGGUCUACAACUGCUCCAAAAGGUUGGGUGUUGCGAGCAACUCCAAAUAAAAGGUUGAAAAUUGGUGUUCUGAAGAUUAGAAACUUUAAGUACUUCAUGGAUGUAGAUCAUGAUGUUGAGAAAAAUGUUACAACUGCUACUGGGUUUUCCGUAGAUGUAUUCAACACAUGCAUUCGUGCUUUACCAUAUGAAGUGCCUUACACAUUCAUUUUAUUUGACAACGCCAAUAAUUACGAUGAUCUUGUACAGAAGGUCUACAAUAAGGAAAUCGAUGGAGUUGUGGGCGAUUCAACAAUCUUGGCUAACAGAUCUGUGUAUGUGGACUUUACAUCGACUUACACUGACUUGGGUGUAGGAACACUAGCAAGAGUCAAGAAAGAAGACAUGUGGUUCUUCUUGAAGGCACUGGACAUGGGACUAUGGCUAACUGCUAUCGCUUCUCUUAUCCUAACUGGAUUUGUUAUUUGGGCUAUUGAAUGUUUGAAUCAAGAAUCCGAAUUCGAAUGCUCGCCAGCUCAGCGAAUUGGAACAAUCUUCUGGUUCAUCCUACUGACCAUCUUUUUUGCUCAAAGAGAGAAGUUGUCAAGCAAUCUGUCAAGAUUUGUAAUGUUUAUCUGGUUACUCGUGGUGCUUGUCUUGAUCACGAGCUACACAGCAACUUUGGCUUCACUUUUGACUGUAGAGCAAUUUGAAUUGGCAUCAAAAGGCAGGAUUGUGGGGUUUCAUGGAGGUUCUUUUAUGAGAGGAGUGACUGUCAGUAACGUGCACUUUGAAGGUCAUCAUAAGAGGGCAUACUACUCAUACGAGGAUUAUGCUCAUGCUUUAUCAGAAGAUGGUGAUGCUGAUGCCAUUGUUGAUGAAAUUCCCUAUAUCAAGAUGUUUCUUAGCAAAUACUCAGGUGAAUAUGCCUUGAUCUCCUCUCAACCUAUCACUUCUGGCUUUGCCUUUAUGUUCCAAAAAGGUUCGCCGUUGGUAGAAGACGUGUCAAGAGAAAUCGCCAGAAUGAGAUUAGAUGGUACUCUAGGAAGUUUGGAGAGUAAGUGGUUUGAUAAUCACUUAUUGGUUCCAGCCAGAAAUUCUACAAUGCCCCAAGCUUUGAAGCUUAAUAGAUUUGGUGGUCUUUUUAUUAUCAGUGGGGUCACUUCUAUUUUUGCCCUUAUCAUCUCUAUACUUUACAUACUUCAUGCAAAAAUGGAGGUCCAUAAUAUCAUCUCACUUCUAGGUGGACGUAAUUUGAUGUCCACUGUGAGGUAUCUUUUGUACAGAAACGUCAUGCGAAAAUAACUAAACAAUACCUGGUUGAUAUAACAAUUGAUAUUAAAGAUUUUUAAGUAUUUUUUAUUGGAAUGAAGAAAAGUUUCAGUUGAUCGGGCUCU